CACACACACACACACACACACACACACACACACACACACACACACACACUCCUUAACAGACGGAGACUGGAUGCUUUGACAGCAGGGACACGGCAGCUCUUUACUUCAAGAACUCAGAAGAGUAAACACACAAUGAAAUGUGAAAUAGUUUUGCCAGCCAGUUUGCUGCUGCUCUGGACACUGACAGCAUCUGUCAGUUGUAAAGAUCCUGAGAUUAAAGUGGCCGUUGUCUCAAAUGGGAUUAAGUUGUCUUGUGGGGACGAAAAAAUUAUAAACAGUAAAGGUGAAGAGAUAAACGGACACUUGCCAUUUGAGGACAUCCACACAGGGGAGUACAAAUGUAACAUCAGUGACCAAAAGAUCUAUGUGAAAUUUCGGACCUGCGACAAUUGCAUAGAGCUCGACCUGCCUUCAACAAUCGGAAUAGUCAUUGGAAACGUGGCAGCUACAAUUGUGAUAGGAGUGGCUGUCUAUCUCACUGCAUCUCAGAACCGGAUCGGUCCAGUCCCCUCUCAAAAGACAAGCUCUGAUAGACAACAUAAUGUUCCACAUGACGGAUACAGAGCUGCAAAUGACCAUUACCAGCGUCUGAAACCUCGUCAGACAGAAACGUAUGAUAAGAUUAACAUCAAAUGAUAAAAGGCAAUCUAGCUCGCAGCCUGGGAUGCAACCCCCCCCCCCCCCCCCCCCCCCCCCCCCCAACCCCCUGGCUGACAACAUACUCUCCAUGUUUUCCUUUGCAACCCCAACAUCUGCAGGAGGGAAAAGUCUGGUGUCUGGGAUGGGUGACACUCCGCCCUAAUGUAAUUUACGCUGCGUUAAAACUGUUUAAGCUUUUUUCUUCUCAUUUAGCUUCACCGUGCCUGUAAGACAUGGCUAUUUUACGUAAAAGACCACUCACAUAAUGAGUAACUGUUAACCUUCUGUUUGUUAUAAGUGUUUAUCAGUCUUUGUUCUUGUUGUAGUAGUAUUUUAAUCAAUGUUGUAUUUUCAUUAGUUAUUUGUGUUUUUUUCUUUCUUUCUGUAUUGUAAGUAGGGCUGCAGCCUCCCCAUAUCAUGACUUAAAAAUAAAGUGUUUAUUUUCA